AUGCAUUCGAUGUGCUUUGACAGAUCCAUUGUGAGAGUCUCCGUGGUCUCCGCCGUCAACAGCCUGCAAGCUUAUUUCUCCGCCGAUUAUACCUCCAAGCUUUACACCAACGGAACAAUUGCCGUUGAGCCCUUGUCCGGUCGCGUGUUCGGCACCUGGACCUUCCUCUCCGCUGUCAUCCGCAUGACUGCCGCCUAUAACAUCGACAACCCGGUCGCCUAUGAUCUUGCCCUGUGGACCUAUGGCAUUGCCCUGACACACUUCGUUGGUGAACUCGUUUUUGGAAACGCUUCUCUCCGUGGUCGAUUCCUCAGCCCUCUAGUCGUGGCCUCGUCCUCGCUGGCUUGGAUGCUGACCCAGCGCGAGGCGUACCUGGUCUAA